CGGCGAGCGGCAGCCAAUGGGCGCGCGGCGACUGGCGGUUGUUUCAAGAUGGCGGAGGCGGCCGGGCCGGGUCGGGGUCUCUACUGGAGCGCGGGACUUUCUGAUGAAGAACAGCCAGUGGUAUAUGUUCCAGGAAUUUCUGCAGAAGGAAAUUUAAGAACAAGACACAUAUUAAGGGCUCAAAAAGCUGAAGCAAAGCUGAAGGUUCCUGCAGCUGCUACUACUGCUACCAUGGAUCCCAUUAGAGAACCGACAGGACAGCAGGUCACUAAUGAGGGAGGAAUGAAGAGCGCUUCUUUAAAGGAUUUAUGUCCUGAGGACAAGAGACGAAUUGCAAACUUAAUUAAGGAACUUGCCAGGGUUAGUGAGGAAAAGGAAGUGACAGAGGAGCGACUGAAAGCUGAACAGGAGUCAUUCGAGAAGAAGAUCAGACAGCUAGAGGAGCAGAAUGAGCUCAUCAUCAAGGAAAGGGAAGCUCUUCAGCAGCAGUACAGAGAAUGCCAGGAACUUCUGAGCCUGUAUCAGAAGUAUUUAGCCGAACAGCAAGAAAAGCUGAGCGCCUCCCUCACUGAGCUCGGUGCUGCCAGGCAGAAGGAGCAGCAGGUUUCGAACAAGAAGAGCCCUUGCCAGCCACCAUGUUUGGAACUGGAUGGUUCAUACCUAGGUGUAGCUCGACAACAGACAUUGUACAAGAACAGUAAAGCAUCAAAGUCUGGAAGUCCAACUCUGGUUUCGGUACCUUGGCACUGUAGAAAUAAUCACGUUCAUGGGACCACAGCCCAGUACAAGCAGGAGGAGGUUAUGGAUGAAUGCCUGGUGGGAAAUGGUCUGCAGAGAAAAUGCAACAAUAUGAUGUCAUCCACCAAGCAAAGGAGCCCUUACUGCAAAGAGCUGGCUCAGGACACGGAGUGGGGAACGAAUGAAUUUCAGAGCACGUGUCCUCAUCAAGCAGGUCACUGUUGCGCUUACAGAGAGGGAGGAAGCUCAGAUAACACUCACAGCGGCCGUCAGGUCAGCCAUGUACCCAGAAGACAUUGUGGGCCACAAUACGAAGGCUGCGAUUACCUCGGGCACUCUCAUGUUUCUGGACUGAAUGACAGCAUGGACUCUGGAUCAAAAGAAAUGGAGCAUAGUAAAAGGCUAUCUGAAGAAAGAAGGCAGCAGCUUCUACUGCAGAAACUGGAGCUGGAAAUUGAAAAAGAGCGUCUCCAGCAUUUGUUGGCUAAGCAGGAAGCAAAACUACUUUUGAAACAGCAACAGCUACAUCAGUCGAGGCUGGAUUACAACAGGUUUAGAGGCCAAGCUCUUGGUUCAGAAGAAGUGGCCUUUGAAGCACUAGGACCAGCAGCACAAACCCUGAUGAAUGGCACUCGCAUGGGCCUAAGCAUGCCAACGUCUAAGGGUGAAGAUUACUCUCCCAGGACACCGACCUGCAACAAAGCCUCCAGGAGCAGUGCAGGGAGCAGCUCAGGGAAGAAAACGGUUGGUUUCAAUGCAGCCAUGGAAAAAGGACCCCUCUGGAUGCAGACAAAGGAGGAAACCAGCAGGUCAGGGAAAGGGACAGCUUCAGGAUCUAGAAAGGAUGCAGCUACGUCUCCCGCGCUGACAAGCAGCAGAAAAGAGCUUGUAACCACAGCCACAUCACCAAUCCAGCAUGACACUUCACGGUAUGAAGACUCCCUGCUUGACCUGGUGGAAGCAGUGAGCCCGGUUUGCAAUCCAGGACAGUGCUACCGAGAGUCUCCCAGAUGCAACAAAGCACACGCACCUUGUCACGGGAGCCACCGAAAACCCACAUGGUACCAAGGCCCCUGUGAUGUCAGAAGUCGAGCGGACGAUCUAGAGGAGAGCCAGCUCCUAGAAGAGAUAUUCUUCAUUUGACAGGGCUCAUUCCUCCGCAGCCACUUUGUAGAUUUUUUUUAGGACCUUUUUACUCCUGUUUCUGCAGUGGGUUUGUUUAUGCGACAAAGUAUCAUUUUUUUAAAUUAUAUGAUUGGCAAAUAAUUGUCUCCUCCCUCUAGGAAUGAGCACGGUAGCUUCCUGUUUCAUUUAAAAAUGAAUAAUAAUCAUGUUGCAAGAACAACGGUGUUUGGUGAGUCCAGUCAGAAGGUGCUAGCAAGGGUUUUUAUCCUCUUUUUUUUGGAAACCAAAACUUCAGUGUGCCAAGCAAUUAUUCUAAAAUAUAAUUUAAAAUAAAAGCCCACAACAUUUUGGAUUCGAUUGAAGUCAUAGUUUAGUCAGCCUCAUAUCAGGAGUAUAUUUCAUUAUCGAUUUUUAGCUGUAAAGUGGUUUGCAAGAGCUGCAUAACACAAGAACUGCUGCAUUUCAAUUAGAUUAUUUUCUAAUUACAAAGCAACCUGUUUAAAAACCUAGCAUAUUACAAAGGUACAAGCACUUUAAUACUUUUCUCGGUGAUUCUGCCAUCUAACAUCGCCUUCAGCAUUCUGGUAUUUACCAUGCUGAGAUCUUAGGGGGGUUUCUCCCCAGCUCAGCUCUACGGUGUCUAAUAACGCUAAUAGAUGUUGCAGGGUUAAUGCACUAUGCAUCCUUUUGAAAAAUGCUCCUACUUAAAUCAGUGCUAUUUAACAGAGCAUAUAUGCAGGAAAACAUAACCCUUAUAUAGCUAAAUAUAAGCAGCCAUUGUAGUGGUUCAAACUUUAUUUGAUGUCCCCUUAAAAAUGAGAUAUGUAGUAGUCAUAGGGUAAGAAAAGUGUUCCGACAUUUUCACCAACUUGCACUAUUUUGAUACCAUAUCCAGGCCUGUUGUAAAUAAGACAAAUCAGUAAUUAUUUCCACUAGCAGCUUGGAAUGCACAUUUCCCUGCCGGCUUUAAUUAUUCAUGCUGUAUCUAUUUCAGUUUAUUUAAAUGCGCUCCCUUCUACUGCAUGCACUUGGUUAUUUAAAGAAAUGUGCAGAAUUGGUAAAAAUGACUGCAGAUUAGAGGAUUAAUGGUCAUUUUCUGCACAACGCAGUGUUCAUAUUUUAUUGUAACAGUAGCCACCGGCAUGUGCUCCUAGAAAUAUAAGGCUAAAAUACUUGUCUCGCACAGUAAAAUUGCAGCGAGGGAAAGGUAGAAUCGCAUCAGCCCAGACAAGUUCUAGGCCAUUGGUUCCCAGCUGGGUAUGUGGCUCAGAACUGGUUCGUGACUAGUUCUCCAGUCAUUCCUCUUCGUCUUAAUGGUGAUGCACAUCUGUACUGAUCCCCGAUGCACCAUGCUUUCCCACCUCCGAGUCGCUUGUGCAUGGAUGAACCCGCGAAGGUACCACGUUCUCAGAUGGCCAUGCACGACUCGGCGUGCUUCUCUGCUCAGAGAAUGCACCAUGCUGUGUUCAGAGCAUGCAUCUGCUGGGGGCAAGAAAGGGGUGGAAGCUACAUGUCGGCUGAAAGAAAAAGCCAUUUCUGGGAUUUAGGGGGCAGGCAGGAACCCUGAACUGUCUCCGACAGAGGAGGGCUGGCAGCUGGACAGCAGCACCAUGGGGUAUGUGUGUUUUUGGGACAGCUUGUAGCAGCAGGACUUUGAUAGCGAUGAUAUGAAAAGGGAGAAGAGAGGGAAAUGGCAUACCCUGAAUUAUUCUGGGCUGUUUAUCUGGUCCAGUGUUACUCAGGUUGGAUAAUGUCAUUUUCUUGCAUCAUGGCUGAAUUUUAACAGCAGGUUGGAAGACUGAGGCCAGAAGAAGGAAGAGCAGCAGAAGCUGCCCCCUCUCCAAAAUUAAGGUACACCGAUUUCUUCCCACCCCUCUGUACAGAGAUUCUGGGCCCUUCCCAGUAUUCACCCUUGUUUGAAACAGCUGGCAGACAGGCUCCAGGUGGCAAAACCUGCUAUGAUCUCCCAUGGCCGUGACAUGCACCCGACUUCAGAGUGAAGAAACUCUCUCCUGCUCUUCAUAUUUCUGCUGUCAAAACACAGUUGAGCAAAUUCUGUUUUGGGGCAAGAAAAAAAGGGAAGCGGGUGUUUGGGGAAAAUGAGGAGGAAAUAGGAAACAGGAUGCAAGUUUGGGUUUGAUUUUUUUUUGUGGUUUGUGUUAAUUUUUUUUCAAGUUUGAUUUUUUUUUUUUUUUUUU